AUGCCGGUCUCCAAUCCGCUUCCGCCGCCGCCGCGGCCGGUCCGGAAGAAGGAGCAGGAGCGUGCCCCGGAAUCCACGCCGGGAAAGGCGGCGGAAUCUGCGAAUUUGUCCAAUAAGGACUUUCGACGGAUGGUGCUAGAAACUCCGCGACGCGGGUCGCAGCAACCGGAGAAGAAGCACCCGGAGAAGAGCAAAUACAAGCGAUUCAACGACCCAAGUGCCACUCCUGGUUCAGACGCCAGGCGCAAGUACUACGGCAAAGGGAAAGGGGAAGAGGGUGCCUCUGCGGGGGGUGACAGUAAAGAGGGCGAGGAGCCGCAAUACAGGGACAGAGCGAAGGAGAGGCGGGAGGAGGUGAAUCCGGAUUACAAGGAUACAACCGUGCCGAGUCACCUGGGGCAACUGAAUGCCGUUGCUCCUCCUGGCGUGGACCUGACCACCACGGAUGCACAUAAACUAGCGAUCGAGAAGUCCAAGUUUCUGGGAGGAGACGUGGAGCACACGCAUCUGGUGAAGGGGCUGGACUAUGCUCUUCUCAACAAAGUUCGCUCGGAGAUGAAAGGCCGGGGGGGAGAGAAGGGAGGGGAGGGAGAGAAGGAGGAGGGGGCAGAGGAAGAUGAGGAUGAGGGGGGCGCUGCUGCUGCGGCUGCGGCGGCUGGGAAGGCCAAGGGCAGGAAAGCACAGGAGAAAGUGCCCACAUUCCGCUCGGCCCUUGCUCGAUCGGUGUUCGAGCAGAUAGUCCGCCCGGUGCCGGCCAAGCCGAACGAGUUCUUCCUGCCGGGCCGCACGUCGUUUGUCUUUGACAUGGAUGACGAGUUUCGGAGUGAAAUCCCGACCACCGUGCACCGCAGCAAGGCCGACUGCCCGCCUCCUCAGGACCUGGUAUCCGCGUCACAAGACGCCCCAGUGUUGGAUAGAGUCACCCACGUCAUCUCCUACCUGCGAUUGGGAUCAAGUGCAAAGGCUCACAAGAAGAAGAAGAAGGACAAGGACAGCAACAGGGGUAAGACCACCCUGCUCCAGUGCUUAGAUUGUCGUCGCUCUUUCACACAGUAG